GCUCCCGCUCCUGCUCCUGCUCCUCCCGAGCGGUGGGGCCCAGGGACCAGCAGGUGAAGCUGGAAUUCCAGGAACCGUCCCGCGGCCCGUCUCAUGAGUCCAGCCCCGAAAGCAGCUAAAUGUUACAGAGGUCGUGAGAUUCUGCUCAGACAUGAGCAGCGACAGCAAUUCCCUGGCCCGGGAAUUUCUGACCGACGUCAACCGCCUGUGCAAUGCCGUGGUCCAGAGGGCGGAGGCCAGGGAAGAGGAAGAGGAGGAGACCCACAUGGCGGCCCUCGGCCAGUACCUGGUCCAAGGUCGCGGGUUCCUGCUGCUCACCCAGUUGAAUUCCAUCAUCGAUCAGGCUCUGACGUGUCGAGAAGAGCUGCUCACUCUACUCCUGUCGCUGCUUCCCCUGGUGUGGAGAAUUCCAGUCCAAGAGGAGAAGGCAGUGGACUUUAAUCUGCCCUUCUCGGCUGAUGUUGUCCUGACCAAAGAAGCAAAUUCAAGCCUGCUAAAAUCUGCUCAGGAAAAACCGUCUCUGGACGGACGGGCCCCGUCCGCCCACGGCCCGGCCAGAGCCAGGGCCCCCCUCCAGAACAGACACCAGCGCAAGACCACCCACCGUUAUUCCGUUCGGGACGCCCGCAAGAGCCAGCUCUCAACGUCCGACUCGGAAGCGAACUCCGACGAGAAGAGCCUAGCCCCGGGCAGGUAUAGGCGGGCCCGCCUCACACCCCGCCUCGUCGUCCAAACCCCCAAGGAGGACCCCCCGCCGGCCCGAGCCGCCCCGGCCGCCGUGGCCGUCCCGGGCUGGGCCUCGGCCACGGCCGUCCCGAGCGAGCCGGCCGCCGCCUCGUUGGACCGCUCUCCCUUUGACCUCUGCCACGUCUUGCUGUCCCUUCUGGAGAAGGUCUGUCGGUUCGACAGUCACGCCCACCCCAAGUCGGCCCUGGCCGCCAACGUGGUGCCCACGCUGACGGAGUUCCUGGCGGGCUCCGGGGAGGCCGGCGGGCCGAGGGGCCCCGCGGAGAGCCGAGGGGUCUGCGCCGGCUGGACGGAGGAGCCCGUGGCUCUGGUGCAGAGGAUGCUGUUCCGCACGGCGUUGCGCCUGGCGCCCGUCGAGGUCGGCCCCGCGGAGGCCGCGCCCGACGGCCUGAGGAAGAAUCUGACGGAGGUCCUGCGGGCCGCCUCCAGGAUCCGGGCCCGGUGGGCCGAGGGGGACCCCCGGGAGGAGCAGGAGGCCCCCGCGUUCUCCCGCCAUCGCCACCGGGCCCUGCUGCUGCCGGAGCUGCUGCGGGGAGUUUUGCAGCUCCUGAUCGGCUGCCUGCAGGGCGCCGCCUCUCAUCCCUCCUCCUUCAGCCAGGCCAUGGAGCUGGUCCGGGAAUUCAUCCAGCACCAGGGGUUCCAGCUGGUGGAGGCGGCCGUGCUCCGGCUGGAGGGGCUGGCGGCGGGCGAGGCGGCCGACCACCUCCGGGCGCUGCUCAGCUGGGUGCUGAGGCUCAUCGGCGCCGUCAAGAAGGCCAAGGCCGAGCAGCUGCACCAGUCCGUGUGCCCGAGGAAGCGGCACAGGCGCUGCGAGUACUCGCGCUUCCUCCAUCACCACCGGGACCUCUCGGGCCUCCUGGUCUCGGCCUUCAAGAGCCGGGUGUCGGAGCGCCCCUUCGAGGAGAGCGCCGACGGCGAGGUGCGCUACCCCGAGCGCUGCUGCUGCAUCGCCGUCUGCGCGCACCAGUGCCUGCGGCUGCUGCGGCGAGCCACGCUGGGCUCCACCCGCGUGCAGAUCCUGUCCGGGAUCCACGGCGUGGGCGUCUGCUGCUGCAUGGACCCCGAGUCCGUGAUCGGCCCGCUGCUCCACGCCUUCGGCUCGCCGGGGCUGACGGCCUUCCAGCCGCACGUCCUCGGCGUCCUGGCCCAGCUGGUGCUGGACCAGCUGGGCGGGGCGGAGCCGGCCCCGCAGCCCAAGCCGGCCGCCUGCAACGUCUGCGCCGUGGACGGGGACCGGCUGGCCCCGCUGGAGGCGGCCCUGCGGGGGAGCCCGGCGGAGGGCGGCCCGGCCCCGGCCGCCCGCCGCCCGCCCGGGAUCCUCCCCAGCGGCGGGGGCGAAGAGCUGCUGUGGAAGUGGGACGCCCUGGAGGCCUACCGCCCGCUGGUGCUCGGGGCCGAGCCGGGGCCCGGGGCGCAGCUCGCCGGCCACGUGUGCCACCUCAUCCACAGGGGCAACGCCGUGCUCCGGUGGAAGCUCUAUAGCUACGUCUUCCACCCGCUCCUCCAGAGGGGAGCGGAGCUGGCCCUGCGGUCCCGGCAGCCCGGCGGCCCGCGGCCGGCCGGCUCCGACGGCUGGUGGCCACCCCAGGAAGUCCUGCAGAUCUACGUGCAGGCCCUUCCGGGACUGCUCAGAUCCAGGGUCCUACGAGACUUGUUUUUAAGUUGUAACGGAGUCAAUCAGAUGAUCGAAUUAAAUUACCUGGAUGGGAUCCGGAGCCAUUCCCUGAAGGCGUUGGAAACGCUCAUCGUCUGCCUCGGGGAACAACAGGAAGACGCCCCGGUUCCGGAAGCCGGCGGCCCAGGCCGAGAGCAAGAGGGAUUGCCUUUCCCCGCGCCCGACCGGCCGGCGAGUUCCGAGUCCCCCCAGAGCCUCAGCAGGUUUUACGCCGGCCUCCGAGAGAGCUGCCCGAGGAAGCGCAAGAGCGCGGAUGAGGACGUCCACGUGAACACCGUCAACCUGUUCCUCUGCGUGGCCUUCCUGUGCGUGAGCCGGGAAGGGGACGGCGAGCGGGACCCGGCCAACGACUCGGAGGACACGUCGGGCUACGACAGUACCGCCAGCGAGCCUCUGCCUCAGACCCUCCCGGCCCUGGCCCCCGAGAGCCUGGCCCUGCCGCCCCCGGAGCAGACCCGCCGGGCGGCCGACACCUGGACCGCGGGGCGGGCCGUCUACAUGGCCAGCCCCGUCUUCCAGAAGCAGUUUCACCGGCUGGGCGGCCUCGAGGUCUGCCGCCGGCUGAUCACGAUGCUCAUCCAGGCGCUGGGCGGGAAUGCCCGGGGCGAGGAGGCGGGAGAGCGGGGCCGUGACCCGGGGGCGGGCGGCCCGGGCCCUUCGGAUUCACCGCCCGCCACCGCCGCCGCCCUCGGAGAAGCCAGCGCGGAGGACAGGAAGGAGAGGGAGUGUUCCCUUCAGAGGAUCAGGCUCUUGGAAGCUCUCCUGGCCAUCUGCCUUCACAGCGCGCGGAGCAGCCAGCAGAAAGUGGAGGUGGAGUUACCCAAUCAGAAUCUGUCGGUGGAUGACGUCUUACUCGAAAUGCGGGCCCACCUUUCCCGGUCUAAAGUGGUGGAGACGGCCUUAGCAGAGCCUUUGUUCGAUUCGCUGCUUCGAGUCGCCUUGGGAGAUUAUCCGCCGGACGCGGACCGGUCCGAAGAGAAAGCCGAAAAGAGCCAUCAGGCCAAAGCGGAGACCGUGUCCCAGCCCGGCGACCUGUCCGAAGAAGCCGAGGAGUCCCAGGAUUGUAACCUGAAGCUCUUCGGUGAGGAAGAAGGCUACGAAGCGGAUAGCGAAAGCAACCCCGAAAGCAGCGAGAGCCAGGAGGAAGGCGGCGACUCCAAGGGAGAAGCAGAGCGCCGUCGUCUUUCAUGCUCUCCCGGCGACCUAACCGAAAACCUCCCGACGGGCGAAUUAAUUUACCCCGAGAUCUGUACGCUGGUGUUGAACCUGCUGUCGGCCGCUAAAACCAGAGUAGACGUGCUGGCCCACGUCUUCGGGAGCUUCCUGCGAGUCGUCCGGCAGAAGGAAAAAAACAUCACUUUCCUCCUGCAGCAGGGGACUGUCAGAAAUCUUCUAGGAGGCUUUCUAAGCAUUCUGGCCCAAACUGAUUCCAGCUUCCAGGCAUGCCAGAUCGUACUGAUGGAUCUGUUAGUGUCUCUGAUGAGCUCAAGAACCUGUUCAGAAGAACUAACCCUUCUCUUGAGAACAUUCCUGGAAAAAUCUCCCUCAACUGAAGUUCUUCUGAAAGGCAUCCUGAAGAUCGUGGAGAGCAACGCUGCUAUGAGCCCCUUGCAAUACAUCGCCUUCCCCCUGCUGCAGAUCCCCAAUUUAAGCAGCAGCUCCUCGUCCCAAAAGGGCCUCGGCAGCAGCAAGGCCCCGGGACUUUGGAAACGGGCCAGGGUUUUGCAGGGCCGGAAGGAAACCGACGGCGGGGCCCAUCAGCUCCUCUCCUCGUGGCACGUGGCCCCCGUCCACUUGGCCCUCGUCGGCCAGAACUGUUGGCCCCACAUGUCCGAGGGCUUCAGCGUUUCCGUGUGGCUGAGCGCCGAGGGGCUCUACGAGGCCGGGAGCCCCCCAGACAGGGGGAAGAAGAGGAAACGGAGCAGGCCGGGUGGACAGGACGGCAGCCCGAGCGGCGCAGAAGGAGGCAGGCGGGGAGGUGUGGCGAGCGUGAGCUCCGGGGAAUCGCCUGCGGACGACGGCUGCGUUCACCUGCUCUCUCUCGGCUCCAAAGUGCUGAUGAUUCAAGUGUGGGCCGAUUUGAGCACGGGCGCGCUCAUCUUUCGAAUGUGCAUGGAUCCAAACGAUGACAUGAAAGCCGGCUUGUUGGCACAAGUGGAAUCUCAAGAGAACGUUUUCCUCCCGGGGAAAUGGCAGCAUUUGGCACUAACGUACUCGCAGCAGCCCGAGGGCAAAAAGAAUAUCCAUGGAAAGCUGUCCAUGUGGGUCUCAGGGCAGAGGAAACCCGACGUCGCCCUAGAUUAUACCCUGCCAAGAAAAACCACUUUGUCGUCCGAUAGCAAUAAGACAUUUUGCAUGGUGGGCCACUGUCUGUCAUCCCAGGAGGAGCUGCUGAGAGUGGCUGGAAGAUGGGACCUGGGGAAUCUACUCCUCUUCAAUGGGGCCAAGAUUGGUCCUCAAGAAGCCUUCUAUCUCUACGCCUGUGGCCCUGACUUUACCUCAGUAAUGCCCUGUAAAUACGGCAAGUCAGCAAAUGAUUUCUCGAAGUACAUUAGUAAAGAAAUCCUGCAGUGUGAACAAAUCAGAGAGCUUUUUAUGUCCAAGAAAGACGUGGACCUCAGCCCCUUAAUCGAAGGUCUUGCUGUUGUUUAUUCGUCGCACCGUCCUGCCCAGUACACAAUCUAUGAGCCCGUUAUAAGGCUUAAAGGUCAGGUGAAAACCACACUCUCUCAGAGACCGUUCAGCACGAAGGAGGUCCAGAGCAUCUUACUGGAGCCUCACCUUCUAAAGAGCCUGCAGCCCGUGGAGCACAGAACGCUUCAGGGCGUCCUACAUGAGAUCGGAGGGGCCGGUGCGUUUGUCUUUCUCUUUGCUCGGGUGGUUGAUAUCAGCAGCUGCGAAGAAACUCAAGCCCUAGCACUUCACAUUAUCCUCUCUCUAACCAAAUACAACCAACAGAGAAUACAGGAGAUGGAAAACUGUAAUGGGUUUUCCAUGAUUCACCAGGUGUUGAUCAAACAAAAAUGUAUCGUGGGCUUUCACUUUCUGAAGACCCUUCUCGAAGGUUGUUGUGGGGAGGAAAUCCUCCACGUGAAUGAAGACGGACAGUUCCAACUUGACGCCAACUCCUCAGCUGUAAUUCGGGAUGUUAAGUUACUGGAAGAGCUGCUGUUCGACUGGAAGAUAUGGUCGAAAGCAGAGCAAGGCGUCUGGGAAACUCUCUUAGCUGCCCUGGAAGUUCUCAUCAGGGACAGUCACCACCAGCAGAUGUUCAAUAUUAAGCAGUUGCUGAAAGCCCGAGUGGUACAUCACUUCCUUCUGACUUGUCAAGUCCUGCAGGAACACAAAGAGGGGCAUCUCACGUCCAUGCCUCGGGAGGUUUGUCGAUCCUUCGUGAAAAUCAUCGAGGAGGUGCUCGGAUCUCCGCCGGACUUGGAGUUACUGACCCUGAUCUUCCAUUUCCUCAUCGCUGUCCACCCCCCGACUAAUACGUAUGUCUGUCAUAACCCCAUGAACUUCUACUUUUCCCUGCACAUAGAUGGCAAGCUGUUUUUGGAAAAAGUGCAGUCGAUCGUGUAUAUGAGACAUUCCAGCAGUGGUGGAAAAUCGAUUGCUAGUCCUGGAUUUGCAAUUACAAGCCCAUCUGGAUUUACUGCCUCACCACCUGAUGGAAAUACUUCCUCCCACCGCAGUCCCUCGCAAGAGACCCCCUCCCCAGCCGCCCUGCUACGGUCAAGGAGCCUCCCGGCCUCUCCCACGGCCUCCCCCGACGCGCGCCCUCGGAGGCUGGCCGGGAGCUUGGGCCAGGGCAUCGACGACCUCCAGGGCCUGGCGGAGAGCGACGUGGCCGGCCCGCCAGCGGGAAGAGGGAGCCUGGCCGCAAGUCAGGAGGAUGCACUGGUCAGCAGCUGCGAGUCGGCCCAAGCCACCUGCGGACCAGAAGAGCCGGCUCCGGCCCGGGCCUCUGGGGCCGACGCGGCCGGGGCCGAGUCGGGGCCCCCGGAGAUCAGGCUGGAGGGCGGAGAGGCGAGGUCGGACGACGACGGCGCCGCGGCCGACUCGCCCCCGCCCCGCCCGGACCACCUAAAGGGACUGUCCUCCUUCCAGAGGAGCCACGGCAACGUGGCCAGCUUGGGCCUGGCUUUCCCCGCCCAGAGCGCGGGCGCCUCCGCCAUGGCUCGCUGGCCGAGUCUCGCCGAGAGGGCCACGGUUCCCGAAGACUGGGAGACGUUCGCCUUCUCUCCGGGUUACGGGCGAACCUGCGACCAAACCGCCGGCGCCGACGACAGGUCUUCAGAAGACUGUCUGGUGCUGAUUUGCUGUGGCUUGUAUGAGCUUUUGCGGGGCGUCCUUCUGAUCCUGCCGGAUCUCAUGGUGGAGGAUGUGUUGGACGGACUUAUUCAAGCAGAUACCCUUAUAGUUCUCGUUAACCACCCUUCUCCACUCGUACAACAAGGAGUCAUUAAACUGCUGGAUGCCUAUUUUAACCGAGCUUCUAAGGAACAGAAAGACAAGUUCCUGAAGAACCGUGGCUUUUCCCUGCUGGCCAAUCAGUUGUAUCUUCACCAGGGAACUCAGGAGCUUUUGGAAUGCUUCCUGGAGAUGCUGGUCGGUCGUCCUAUCGGCCUCGAAGAAGAGAUCGAUCUGGAAGAUGUGAAGAACGUGGGUCUGUUCCGGAAGUGGUCCGUCAUCCCCGUUCUGGGACUCCUAGAGACCUCGCUGUACGACAGCAUCCUCUUACACAACUCCCUCUUUCUCCUCCUGCAAAUCUUGAAUUCCUGUUCCAAAGUGGCCGACCUGCUUUUGGAUAACGGACUCCUCUACGUGCUCUGCAACACCAUAGCGACUCUGAACGGCCUCGAAACCAACAUUUCUCCGAACGACCACAAGUUACUCGCCUGCGACAUCCAGCAGCUCCUCGUCGCCGUCACCAUUCACGCGUGCAGCUCCUCAGGUCCACAGUAUUUUCGGGUAAUUGAGGACCUUAUUAUACUCCUUGGAUAUCUUCAAAGCAGUAAAAACCAAAAGACACAAAACAUGGCUGUUGCUCUUCAGUUUCGAGUCCUCCAGGCGGCUAUCAAUUUUAUCAGGACCACUUCAACUCAGGACACCCAGAACUUGACCAAUUCAUUCCAGUUCCCUUCCACUCCCCAUCAUGCUAUAUUUCAAAAGCGGAAAAGCAUCGCAGGUCCUCGGAGGUUUGCUCUCGUUCAGUCCGAGUCCCUGCUGAUGAAAAUGCGCUCGGUGGCCAGCGAUGAGCUCAACCUGAUGAUGCAGCGGAAAAUGAGUCAAGAGAACCCUAUCCGGGCCACCGAAACGGAACUCGCCCAGAGGCUACAGAGGCUGGUGAUUCUCGCAAUUAACAGGCUUAUUUACCAAGAGUUUAGCCCGGAUUAUAUUGAUAUUCUGAGCACACCAGAGACCGCAACUCAGAGCAGACCUUCAGCAGCCCGGGCUGGAAAAUCCGAAGAAGAAAUUCAUCCCGAGCAACCCGAUGCGACAAAUCCAUUUCAGAAGGAAAUGUUCAGAACCUUGGUGGAAGGAGUGAGGGUGUCCACUGUUUCAAGUCGGACCAGCAGCCUCAAGCAGCAGUGGACUAAAAUUCUCUGGACUUGUAAGGACACAUUCCGGGUGCAGCUCGGAAGAUUCCUGGUGCAUCUUUCGUCGCCGGCCCGCUCCUUCCGGGAGAGGACACAGGUUCUGGAAAUGGCGCGCGAGCCGAAUCUUCAGGAAAUCCUGCGGGAGUGCCUCAGUCCGACUCUGCAACACGGACCCAAGCUGGCCCUGUAUUUAUACGAGCUGAUGCACGACCACCCGGACGAAGUGACCGAAGAGGAACUGGCCGCGGCAGAGUUGCUGUUGAGUGCUGUGAAAGGAUGCGGUCCCAAAUGCAUUCCCCCGAAAGCAGACCUCACCAAGGUGGUUAAAGAGGAGCAGAAAAAGCUGGAAGCGGAGGAAGAAGUGAGCAAAGCCGCUUGGAAGAAGACGGUCGCCAACAACCAGCACAGUCUCUUUCAGCGCCUGGAGGGCAAGUCAAAGGAUAUUUCCAAAGUAGCCGCGGACAUCACGCAGGCGGUGUCUCUGUCGCAGGGGAUCGAAAGGAAGAAAGUGAUCCAGCAUAUCAGGGGGAUGUAUAAAGUUGAUCUAAGCGCCAGCAGACACUGGCAAGAGAUGAUCCGGCAACUCACCCACGACAGGGCCCUCUGGUACGACCCCGUCUACUACCCGACCUCCUGGCAGUUGGACCCCACGGAAGGCCCGAACCGAGAGAGGAGGCGCCUACAGAGGUGCUACCUGACGAUCCCCAACAAAUACCUGAUCAGAGACCGGCAAAGAGCCGAAGAUGUGAUUAAACCGCCCCUGUCUUACCUGUUCGAGGACAAAACCCAUUCCUCUUUCUCCUCUACCGUGAAAGACAAAGCGGCCAGCGAAUCCAUAAGAGUAAAUCGACGCUGCAUCAGCGUGGCUCCAUCUAGAGAGACGGCUGGUGAAUUAUUACUGGGCAAAUGCGGGAUGUAUUUCGUCGAGGACAACGCUUCCGACACGAUCGACAGCUCGAGUCUUCAGGGAGAGACGGACCCCGCGUCAUUUUCAUGGACGUUUGAAGAAAUUAAGGAAGUUCACAAACGGUGGUGGCAGCUCAGAGAUAAUGCCGUCGAAAUAUUUCUGACCAACGGCAGGACUCUCCUGUUGGCUUUUGAUAACACCAAGGUCCGCGAUGACGUGUACCACAAUAUGCUCACCAACAACCUCCCAAAUCUUUUGGAAUACGGCAACAUCACCGCCCUCACAAACCUCUGGUACUCGGGGCAGAUCACCAACUUCGAAUACCUGACUCAUUUAAACAAACACGCGGGCCGUUCAUUCAACGAUCUCAUGCAGUACCCGGUAUUUCCCUUCAUACUCGCCGACUACAUCAGCGAAACCCUCGACUUGAAUGAGCCGUCGGCCUACAGAAACCUGUCGAAACCCAUCGCGGUUCAAUCGAAAGAAAAGGAAGAUCGUUAUGUGGACACGUACAAGUAUCUGGAAGAAGAGUUCAGGAAAGGAUCCAGGGAAGACGACCCAAUGCCUCCCGUGCAGCCCUAUCACUACGGUUCCCACUAUUCCAACAGCGGGACCGUGCUGCACUUUCUGGUCCGGAUGCCGCCCUUCACCAAGAUGUUUUUAGCCUAUCAAGAUCAGAGCUUUGACAUUCCAGACAGAACCUUCCAUUCCACGAACACGACGUGGCGCCUCUCGUCCUACGAGUCCAUGACCGACGUGAAGGAGCUGAUCCCGGAGUUCUUCUACCUGCCCGAGUUCCUAGUUAACCGAGAAGGUUUCGAUUUCGGCGUGCGGCAGAACGGCGAGCGAGUCAAUCACGUCAACCUGCCCCCGUGGGCCCGGAACGACCCCCGGCUCUUCAUCCUGAUCCACCGGCAGGCCCUGGAGUCGGACCACGUGUCCCAGACCAUCUGCCAGUGGAUCGACCUGGUGUUCGGCUACAAGCAGAAGGGCAAGGCCUCCGUCCAGGCGAUCAACGUCUUCCACCCCGCCACCUAUUUCGGGAUGGACGUGUCUGCCGUCGAGGACCCGGUCCAGAGGCGAGCGCUGGAGACCAUGAUCAAGACGUACGGGCAGACGCCGCGCCAGUUGUUCCACACCGCCCACGCCAGCAGGCCCGGGGCCAAGGUCACCAUCGAAGGCGAGCUGCCGGCGGCCAUGGGCUUAUUGGUGCAGUUCGCCUUCCGGGAGACCCGCGAGCACGCCAGGGAUGUAAUCCAUCCGAGUCCUCUGUCCUGGAUAAAAGGCUUAAAGUGGGGGGACUAUGUGGGGUCCCCAAGUGCCCCGGUCCCCGUCGUCUGCUUCAGCCAACCGCACGGAGAGAGAUUUGGGUCCCUGCAAGCCCUGCCGACCCGGGCCAUCUGUGGACUGGCCCGAAAAUUCUGCCUCCUGAUGAUCUACAGCAAAGAGCAAGGCGUGCGAAGCAUGAACAACACGGACAUCCAGUGGUCCGCCAUUCUGAGCUGGGGAUACUCCGACAACAUUUUACGGUUGAAAAGCAAGCAGAGCGAGCCUCCUGUGAACUUCAUCCAAAGUUCCCAGCUCCAUCAGGUAACCAGCUGCGCGUGGGUGCCAGACAGCUGCCAGCUGUUUACCGGGAGCAAGUGCGGUGUCAUCACGGCCUACGCAAACAGGUUCACGAGCAGCAUGCCGUCAGAGAUAGACAUGGAGUCUCAGGUCCACCUGUACGGCCACACCGAAGAGAUCACCGGCCUGUUCGUCUGUAAACCCUACAGCAUAAUGGUCAGCGUAAGCCGGGACGGCACCUGCAUCAUCUGGGACUUGAACAGGCUGUGCUACGUGCAGAGUCUUGCCGGCCACAAGAGCCCGGUCACGGCCGUCUCCGCGAGUGAAACCACGGGCGACAUCGCUACUGUUUGUGACUCAGUUGGAGGCGGCAGCGACCUGAGACUUUGGACGGUAAACGGUGACCUGGUUGGACACGUCCACUGCCGAGAAAUCAUUUGCUCCGUGGCCUUCUCAAAUCAGCCGGAGGGAGUGUCCAUCAAUGUGAUUGCCGGGGGUUUGGAAAAUGGAAUUGUAAGGUUAUGGAGCACCUGGGACCUGAAACCUGUGCGGGAAAUUACGUUCCCUAAAUCCAAUAAACCCAUCGUCAGCCUCACCUUUUCCUGCGACGGCCAACACCUCUACACGGCCAACAGCGACGGGACGGUCAUCGCCUGGUGCCGGAAGGACCGGCAGCACCUGAAGCAGCCCAUGUUCUACUCGUUCUUGAGCAGUUACGCGGCCGGGUGAAGGGACCCCGGAGAAACCACCGGCGUCCUCUCCGCCUCGGCCCCAAGGACCCGCUUCCGCCGCCCUCCCCCGUCCCCGGAACAACCGGGCCUCCACCCCCGGCCGGGGACCGGGAAGCCUUCGACAGGACCCACAUCCGGCGUAUCCCGCUCCUGCUCGGAACCCGGAAGGGGGAGAGAGGGAAAACGUGUCCUCCGCAACCCCGUCCUCUCAGGAGAGGCUUGGCCGUGUGCCAUUACCAACAUUUUCCAUGCUGCACCGUAAACUGUAGUAUUUUUAACCGGUUUUGGUUUUUUUGCGACAGGGGACAGGGGGAGGAAUCCGGCGGGGGGGGUCUCUCGGACCCCCGGAAUUCCUUCCUAUUCCAAAAACGCCGUUCGCAUUUAAAACAGCUUAAUAUUGACAAGGUACUCGCGUCUGGUGUAAGAACGUCCGAUCACCUCGGGGGGCUUCCCCAAAUGCCGAAACUUCAGGCGUCAAUCAAUGCUUUCUUUGCGAAGCAGGUUAUUCAGUAGGUGCCUUCUGCACCAAGCAUUUGAAGGAGGGUCCGGCUAUUGCGAUCGGACCCCUUCACGAAUGGCGAGGUUUUUCGGGCCGGGGACUUCAGAUGUAGGUAGGACUGGACCCUUUCCGGCGGGUUCUGGCCCUUUGGGAACCCGGAAAACACGUUCAGAAUCAGUAACACUAGUUGCUCCGUAGCUUUUCGCCUUGCGUUGGUGUCGUAGGUUUAGGGGAGGUUUAAAAAGCGGCCCCGUCCCUUGAUAGAUCCGACUUAGAGAGAGGUGGGAGACGCCCGCCCCCGGAAGAAUGAUUUUUAUAGAUUCCCAUUACCCCCGUGGAAUACCGUUCAUGGCACUUAUCCCAGCGUACGUUGACUCGUUCAGCCCGGCGGACGGCACAACGAACCGUAUUUGUUUCUGAAGGCCGCGGGGAGUAGGCCCCACGUUCAUUCCACCCCUGCAAACAUUCCUCACGGCUUCACGGUGGCACAAAGGUCCGACGUUCUGGCCCCGGGCCAACCCGCUUUUUUUGUUUUUUGUUUUGUUUUUCCCCGGAGAGAAGAGUUCAACUGUAUCCUCUCCUCCAGAGCAAAAAAAACCCACUCCGGUCCGAUUGCGCCGGAGCAACCUUUAAGGCCGAGUUCCCUAGAUGGUUGAAAUCCCCCAUCCCGGUUGUCCAGAUCACUGCUGUAUUUUCUGUUUUUCCUUCCUCGAUGUCAUCUGGUCCAUUUUGGAACCGUUUCCCGGUAAAAUUGGCCGUCAGUCCCCUCUAGAUCCUUGGCCGCCUAGGAAGAACCUACGUGUCUGUCGGGGGGGAAAAGAAAGAAUCGGUCUGUAUGCAUUUGCAGAGUUCCUAAUGGCUUGCUCAGAGCUUCUCGCUUUCCACGUGGAAAAUCCGUAAUUCCCUAGUCUCUGCCCUGGAGAGAGAGCUCUGGGCUGCGGAUUCUCGAAAGGUGAGCGCGUGGAAAAUCCGUCGACCGCGUGCCGGCCUGGGCCGCGGGCUGGUUCGCCUCGCCCGGAUUGGGACCGGGAAGACGACGUGAGCCGCAGAGAUCAUUCCGUUCACGUUGGAGCGAGGGGCUCGGUUUCCCGUCCGUCUCCACCGAUAGACUGGCUUUCUUUCUCAACUUGGGGAAUUUCCCCCUGCCCCUCUAUUUGGAAUAGGGGGUGGGACCUUCUCAGGCUGAUAUUCCUUUGUUUCGUUUUGUUAUUUUUCCAACGGCCUAAAUUCCUGGUUUAACUCAAAAGGAUGCAGAGCAGCCGGCCUCGGUAAGAGUGCAAUAUAUUUUUAUGUAAACGGACACACGAAUCUUUGUGGGAGGGAAUAUUUAUUUAGCGUGAAAUGUGUUCCGGAGCUGUUUCAAAACACUUCCUAAUGUACGUGCAUGUCAGUGCUCUGCAAAUGGUCACCUGCUCGAUUGUCUUUGUAUACCCUGCCACCUUAUAUUGGGGAAUAAAAUUUCAUACGAA